AUGAAGCUCUCUCGGACACGACUUAUGCGUAUCUCAACGUCCCGUACGCUCAACCGCCCGUUGGACCGCUCCGAUUCCUUGCCCCUCGCCCAAUUCUCACCCCUGAAACCGAACGCAAUGGGUCGACAUUUGGCAAUUCUUGCAUCCAAUCCAGUCUCAACGCCAAUCUAUACCGUCGAGAGUGAGGAUUGUCUCUAUCUCAACGUAUGGACGUCUCCUGUGGCGAACAAGCUCCGGCCUGUAUUUAUGUGGCUUUACGGUGGUGCAUGGACUUCUGGCACUGCCAGUGGCUACUUCAAUGAUCUCACAAAAUGGGCAAAGGUGCGACCGGAUAUUGUCUUUGUGUCGAUAAACUAUCGGCUCAAUUUUUACGGUUAUGCCGACUCACCCGCUCUCUUAGCGACACCAAUGCUGGUCUACGCGAUCAACGAGCAGCCGUCAGUGGUGGUCGCAAACAUAGCAGCAUUUGGUGGCGAUCCUGUUCAUAUUGUUCUCGGUGGUCAGUCAGCGGGCUCUGCUAGUGUAGCCGAGUAUCUGUAUGCAUACCGGAUCAACCGCUUCUCCGCGGUGCGAUUACAAUGA